AUGGUCCUGCAGAGCAAACUGAUGGAAGUGCAGUUGGAAAGGGAUGCCCUUCUGGAUACCAGACAAAAGGAAUUGCAGAGCCAAGAAAAUGAAAAAUUACAGCUGAAAAAUACUAUUCAAGAGCUGGAAGCUGCCAACGAGCUGCAGGAGGAGAUGCUGAGGGAGGCUGAGAGCCCAACUGAGCAUCUGAAAAAGAUGGUCCACGGCCACAAGGAAGUACUUUUGGAAUUACAGGGCAUUCUAAUGGACUACAAAGACAGCAGAGGCAGGAAACUCUGUGAGCACAAGGAUAUUACCAGCCUGCUCCUCCACAGCCUGAGCACAGCAACUGUCCAUGUCCUGAGAGAUUUAGACUCAGAGGUGUCAUACCUCAAAAAAAAUGUUGUCCUGGUAGAAGAAGAACUUCAGUCACUGAAGAAAGGUUCACAGACCCAAAAAGAAAUUCUGCUUCAGCAACAUCAAAUUAGGGCUUAUGGUGUCAAAGACCUUGAGAAGCAGUUGCUCCUUCCUCAUUCUGAGCCAACAGAAGCUCACACAAAACAGGAUCAAUGUGGCCAAGAAUCUGGAAAUCUGAGGGACCCGAUUCAUCAAUUGUUGGUUAAACUUCAUAAAAAAGAGAUAGAACUAAGCCUGGAAAAAGAACAGAACAAGCGAUUUUGGGAUCAGAACACAGACAGCAGCAUCACCGUGGACCAGCUCAGGAGACAGCUGGACAGCAAAAACCAGCAGCUGCAGAGCAUGGAAGAGGCAGUGAAGGAAAUGAGGAUGGAGUGUCGCAGACAAAUGGAGUGCCAGAUGGCUGCGAUUAAGGAAAAAAAUGAAAGCAUUGGAAGAAUCUCCUCUUUGAGUGUCCAGCUGGAGGCAACCAAGGAAACACUCCGUAAAGUUGAUCUUGCAGCCAAACAGAUGGAUUUGGAGGCUGCUGGGAAAACAGUGUCAGAUCUGACAGCCUGUCUGCAGGAGAAGGAGAGAGCCCUUGGGGUUACCAGCCAGGAACUCCAGGAGCUGCAUUCCCAGCUUGGCAGCAGGAUGCAGGAGCUCCAGCAUCUAAAGAAUGAAGAGGGCAGCUUACACAAGGUGCAGUCGGAGUGUGAGACACUGAAACUGCAGGUGUUGGAGAAGGAAAGGAUCAUUAAGAUCUUCCAAAAGCAAACUGAUAACAUGACCCAGCUCACGGGCCAGCACGGUCGGGCUGCUGGAGCGAUGGAAGCUGAGGAAUCCCAGCUUAGACAAGAAAUAAAUGACUGGAAACUCCAAGUAGAAGAGCUCAAGGUUGCAAAGGAUGAGAAAGAAGCCAGAAUACGUGAAGUGGAGGCCUCCAGACUGAGUGAGCUGGAGCUGGAAAAGGUUCAGUUGGUUAACACAUGCACAGAGAGGCUCCAGGCACUUAAAGAUGUGAAACAGGAAAAAGAUCAGCUCACGGAUGAACUCCAGGCUGGUAGGAGCAACCUAGCUGGCCUUGCAGAGGCAUUUGAAGAUUUGAAGAGGGAUUACCAGUACAAAAUUGAGGAGAUGGAAGACAGUGCAAACACACUGAAAAUGCAGCUGAAAUCUGCCCAAACUGAACUGAAAGAGGCCAGGACUGCUCUAAAUACUGUGGAGGGAUCUGCUGGCAAUGCUCUGGAAGUUGCAGUGAGAAUGCAGAAGCAGAUCACAGCCAAGAGAGGGCAGACAGAUGCACUGCAGAGCAAGAUUAAAUUCUUGGAAGAGGCAAUGGCUAACACAGCUAAGGAGAAGCAUUACCUCAGAGAAGAAAAUUGUAAACUAAGUGAAAAAUUGAGCUGUAUUAGAGCAGAAAAUAUCAGGAUUGCUGGGGAACUGGACAUCCUGAGAGCACAAGACAAACAGCUGAAAGAAAGACUAUCUAAGAUGGAGACAGCCCUUGAUAAGGUAAUUCAAGGUAACUCGGAGUUCAGGGACACUUCUAGAUGUUCUCCUCCACUGUCACCUGGGAAGAGAAAGGUUAUAUUUAAUAAGUUCUUUUCACAUGUGCUGGAAGAUCCUUACUUUAAGAGAUAUUUCUAUUUUUUUUCCAUAAAGAGCCCUUUCAGAAUUCUAACUUUUCAGGAUGUGCCUUCCAAGCUGGACAUUUCGAAGGAAGAACCGUUGCAGGAUCUAAAGAGGAUUCUUCAAGAAUUAGCAGGCUCAGACAGUGACAUUCCCUCUGUGGAUCUCAGUGGCAAUGGAAUUGCAUCCAUCUGCUCGGCAGCUCGCUGUUACACAUCCUCCCCCAGUGCCUCAGCAGGACACAGACCAUCCACAAGGAAUGCUGGCUCUCCAGGGGGUGCAGCCACAGCCCCCCAAAUAGCUUCUCAGCUCAUGGAAAGUAGCGAGCACACACCAAGGAGGCUACAGAACAAGAUGCAAAGCCUGGAAGACCUGGUGGAAUUGUUACAGAUAAAAAAACAAGCCAUGUCACCAGUGAUCAGAACUCAGGAGGUGAAGACAAAGAAAUCCAAGGAAAAGGAGAAAAAGCUCUCAAAGUGAAGACGCCGUAUGUGUUAGUGAUUCCUUUCACGUGGAUGGUACAGAAGGACACCCCAGAUGACAGCCAGCCCCUAAGAGAGAAAACCCAAUACCAGGCUAAUCUGUAGAGAGACUCCAAACAGUCACAGCUCCUAAAGGAAGCAGUGCAAGACCUGGAUCCAGUUGGACGUGGUGGGAACAGGUCUGGCAACAGGGGCAGAUGAUUGUAGCACCAAAUGCUGAAGUAAGGAAAGGCACGAUUCCUGUCUGGGGUGUCAAAGAGCAGAGAUCCAUGAAGUGACAUGGAUGCACACAGAGACAAGGAAAAACACCGCACCCCUCCUGUGUGCUGUUCCAACCCUUUAUUGUGGCCAGCAUAAGACAUUCACUGGAGAAAUGUCUGAUAGUUACUAAACCCCAGGAGUAGGAUUAAGGAUUUCUGGGAUCUGUUCUGAUUUGUCUGAUACUAUGCUCUGUGAUUUCCUAAUUCCUUCCCUGGGAAGCUUUUCCCCUCCCUACACAGACCCGAAGGAGCUGAGUAACUGGUGUUGCACAAACUGAAGAAGCCACUUGACAAGCUCAGUAAGUUUGGCUUUUUAUGUCUCUUCAAGGUAUUCCCAGUGCAUGGGACAGGACUGUUUCAUCAUGUACACGCUUUCGAGAAUGUGGGCCUUGUCUGCCUCUCUUCCUUGCAGUAUCAUCAUGAUUUGGAAAGGGAAGAUGUGCCUCUGCUUGUUUCAGGGAUCUGCAGUUGUGAGACAGGAUUGUACCUUGAGCCAGCAGUGCACCCACUGCAUUCCCGUGCUGCACUUCAGAGGUGGAGUCGCUCCUCACGGGAAUGUUCUCAAUGUAUCAUGGCCAGUGAGCACUUCCUUGGUUUCCAAAGGUAAAAUAAUUUGCCAAAAAAAGAAAAAAACUCACGCUGAGAGUCUAGAAAAUCUGCUUGGAGGAAGGGUGUGGUUCUAUGCAUCACAUGGGUAGCUCUUUGUAGAAAAAUAAACCGAAAUAAUGAAUUAAGCAAACCCAAAAUUCUGCAGAAAUCUUUGCUUGAGCUAUAAAUAUUCAUGCCAGGGUUCAGCAAAAAGAAUUUCAGUGAUCCCGUAGUCUGCAAGGAUCCUUUAUCUGUUUCAGUAGCAAACUAAAUUUAGCCUUUGAAAAACCAAACUAUCUCCCAAUUAAGAUAGAAUUUCUUAAAUAUUCCUGCCUUUCUUUUGAUUUGCCAGGGUUUUGGUGCUCAGAUAAACCAGCAUGUUCGUUAACAUCAUGAAUAAAGAAAUGCCUGAUGGCUGUGGAAAGUAGUUCUGAUAAAAAUGGCUCUGCAUAACCAGA